ACACCGGGCGCCGCUGCCUGUGUUGAAGAGAGAGGGGGACUUCUUUGAGCAACAUUCUUCUUUACCAGGGCUUCUUUCAGGGCGAUAUCAACUACGUUUCUGAGCAUUAUCGAUAAUCUUGAAAGCUACCUAGUCCGUUAUGGCGCAACACGACCACUCUCAUGUAGCCAGCUCACAGAAAGCACUCAUGUUGGAAAUGAAGAGCCUCCAGGAGCAGCCUGUCGAGGGAUUCAAAAUAACACUGGUGGAUGAGGCUGACAUGUACAACUGGGAAGUGGCCAUUUUCGGACCCCCAAACACUCACUAUGAAGGGGGAUAUUUUAAGGCUCGGAUCAAGUUCCCCAUAGACUACCCAUACUCCCCACCUGCCUUCCGGUUCCUCACCAAGAUGUGGCACCCCAACAUCUACGAGAAUGGAGAUGUGUGCAUUUCUAUAUUGCACCCUCCGGUGGACGACCCACAGAGCGGAGAGCUGCCUUCAGAGAGAUGGAAUCCCACCCAGAAUGUCCGGACUAUUUUGCUUAGUGUGAUCUCGCUGCUGAAUGAACCCAACACCUUCUCUCCUGCCAACGUGGAUGCCUCCGUCAUGUACCGCAAAUGGAGGGACAGCAAGGGCAAGGACCGGGAAUACGUGGAGAUCAUCAGGAAACAGGUAUUGGCCACCAAGGCGGAAGCUGAGCGCGACGGCGUGAAGGUGCCCACCACGCUGGCCGAGUACUGCAUCCGCACACGCGCCCCGGCCCCCGACGAGGGCUCCGACCUCUUCUAUGACUAUUACUACGAUGACGACGACGUGGAGGACGGGGACGGCGACUGCUGCUACGAUGAGGACGACUCAGGCAACGAGGAGUCGUGACGGGCUUUUCAACAGCAUUCCCAAUCUAGCUGACGUGCUCUACCCCCUUUUUCUGUCUGGGUUGCCAGAUAUUCUAGGUCAACAACCCGAGAAAGAUUUGAAGCUUCCCACUUCUAAACCAAUGAAAAGAGCAGUUUUUUUCCUGAGCCUCUGAUUUCUCUGUCAGAGGUUUAAAGUCGAUGCACCGUUGUGGAAGGGUCAGACCUGGUAAGAUUUGCACCAGCACAAAAUUCACCAGUUUCUUCAGUUUUCAUCAACAGUUACAUUAUCACCUAAAACCUUACUUUGAGAGAAUAACUUCAACUAUUACUUAAUCCUACUGAGUUGUUCAGUCCCCUGUACAGUAUAUGGUAUCAUGGGGUUAGUGCCACUGUUAACAAUAGCAACAUUUGCACUGGUGCAAACACUUCCAAACUUUGCUAAGUCUCUCUCUUGCAUAUCUUUAUUUCCCUAAUUGUAACUGGAUGUUGCUCACCAGUAGUUGGUCUCAAUGACUGACAGAAGAUUGAGGACUUCAAGUAGCCGGGUUGUGUUGAGCAGUCUACUGCAAAUACGACUCAGACAUUUCCAAGUUUUAAAAUCUGUCUCGCUCCGAUAAGACGGGAUGUCACAGGACGAUGUCUUUCAAAGUUCUUGUGCAUGCCAGAACAUCUUCGAAGGUUUUUUUUUUUUGGUCUCUUUUACUGGUGGACUGUUUACCGACAUCAUGAUCUGCUUUCAGCUCGCUGAUGAGAGACUUGUGUCGAUGGAGAUCCCAGAGAACUUUGUAUCUGGAGGACUGGCUGGCAAGCUGAGUCAGUGGGUGAAAUCCUCGUGAACAUUUUUGGCACCAUGAAAUUGAUCUUUGCUGUGUUUCUUCUGGUUACUGUUGGAUGUGUUUUCUCUGUCAUUUUGAGUGUGGGGUUGUUGUUUGAAGUAGCUCAGAUUUAAGAGUCGUGUAGGAUGACCAAGUGUUUUCUAAUUACUGAUCAGAUUUGUAUCUCUCCUCAGGUUUUCUCUCUGAGAGGUCUGACGGAGCCAAAGAUCUAAAGCAGUGUAAAAGAAAGCCGAAAACAUUUUGACUGUUUGCUGUAUUCUUGUCUUUAUUUGCUCUCUUGUGAGCUUUGUUAUUUUAGCCUCUUUCUUUGGUUAGACCGGCAAUUUAGAAUGAUUAACGUGAUGAGAUUUUUAGGUUUGAUUGGCAAAAAAAAAAAAAAAAAAAAAGCUUCUGUAGGGGAAAAAAUGUCUGUCAAAAGGUGUUGUUGCAGUAUCAGUCAGGUUUUUCAACGUAUUUCAGCCCUGGAGGUGAAAGAGAACAAGGCCGCCAUGUUUUAUUUUCAUUUCUAUCCUUUGAGUCAGUGGAGAGUGGGAUGGGUUUUGAUAUGAUUUUCAGAGUGCAUGGGUGUCCUCUUUGUGUAUUUCUGCAUCAGCAAUAUUGAUUGUUUCAUUUACUCAAAUUGGCACUUCAUACUGAAUAUCUCAGGAUAAUGAAUUACAAUACGACAAAACCGUUAAGACAAGCAACUAUUUUCCUCUUUUAGGUGGUCUUCAGAGUUGCUUUACAGCUUUAACAGGAACCAUAACUGAUAUGCACAUGUAGCUGUAUGGAUGAUGACCUUAUUGUUCUAUUCACCUGUCUUUAUUUUUUAUUUCUGGCUAUUUAAAACUGAAAAAUAAAGAUUUAUUGGGAAAAAAA